AAUGCUUGUCACCUACUCCUUUAAAGUUCCCCCAGCUCACACUCUCUCUCUCUCUCCGUUACUGUCAAAGAAAACCAGAAGCUCUCCUGCUCUGCUCUGCUCUGCUCUGCUCUGAGGUCUUGGAUCUCUCUGUCCGAAGCAGAGGCGAGCUCUCUGUUUCAAUGGAGAGACCCAAAUGCAAGCUCUGCUCCCGCACCUUCGCCAACGGCAGGGCCCUCGGCGGCCACAUGAAGGCCCACUUGGCCACCCUCCCCCUGCCCACCAAGCCUCUCCACCGCCACCUCACCGCCGAUCAGUCCACCUCCAUCUCCUCCGCCACCCACUCCUCCUCCCCUGCCUCUUCUUCCCGUGACAGUGCUGAAGACGAAAACGGCGACGACAAGGCAAACUCGAUGUACAAGCUGAGGGAGAAUCCCAGGAGGAGCCUCAAGCUCUCAGAUCCUGAGUUCUCCUCCCCGAACGAAGCUGCCGCCCUCGACGGCGAGGAGAGCGAGGCCGAGUCGACCCGGAGGCUUGGUAAGCGGGCCCGCGGGAAGCCCUGCUCUGCGGGAGAGGGCGAGGAAGAAGCUGCCAUUGCUAUGUGCCUCGUGAUGCUGUCGAGGGAGAAGUGGACGACGGCGGCGGCGAAGAGUGACGUGAAACGGCACCGGUGCGAGGUCUGCAAAAAGGCGUUUCGCUCGUCUCAGGCGCUGGGCGGCCACAGGGUGACUCACAGGAAGGCAAUGAACGUGAAGGAGGAAGCGGCGGAGAAGAAGUAUCAUAAUCAGAGGAGGUUUGUCGACGACGACAACGAGGGGGAGAAGAUAUUCGAGUGCCCGUACUGCUUCAAGGUGUUCGGCUCCGGGCAGGCCCUCGGCGGGCACAAGCGGUCCCACGUGCUCGGAUCGGGGAACGGGUUGAACGGGUCUCCCGUGAACUCCAGCAAGGCUCGUAACCAUAAGCAGAACGGCUUGAUAGAUCUCAACCUGCCGGCCCCGCCCGAGGAGGAAGAUGACCGGAGCGUCGUGUCCGACGGGGAGAUCACGGAGGCCCCGGGACGGAUUUGAGCUCGAGAACCGGAACAUUCAGAGGGCAAACACGAAGAGUUCUACACAUUCUUUAUAACGGGUUUCCACGAGGAACUUGGAAUCGAGCUCGCGGAUCUUACCGGCAUGGAAGAUCAUAUCAUACCGUAGCAAGACCACUGCUUUUCUCAAGAUGUUAUCGUGAUUACGGAUUAUCCAUCAAAACCAGCUGACUAUAUCCAUUUUUUUUAGCGGAAUUCGACAGUUUAGUCGCUCACAAUCGGUAGCUAGUAUCCUGCAUUCGUUCUCGUUCAUCGAAAGGGUCCGGUCGGUCGAUACAAUUCUGUAGCUGAGUAACACCAAGACUUGAGAGAUUUUUUCUUUUAUUUUUUUAAAAUCUUUCGAAUUGGAAUUUGUUGUGUUAGGGAAUUUCAAUUUACGGGCAAGAGAGAAAAUCCUGGGUCUGGGAUUGGAAUGGGUAUUGAUGAUGUGUGGACGAGGACUUGGUCCAUUGAAAGUGCAAAAGUGUGUGUUUGUUCAGUUUCUGUUAUUAAUUUUGGAGCAAAGCCCUUCUUCUUUUUGUUAA